AUGUCGCCCAGCAGUCCCCCGGCGUCUACAUCCGCCCUCUGCCGCCCGCUUCGGGCCGGCGAAGAUGGCGCGCGCGAGAGUGAGGGGGCAGGCGGGCGGCCCGUGGGCGAGCGGCGGUGGUGGUGGCGUGCGCGAUGGCGCGAGGCGGCUGUGGCGGGGGCGCGACCGCAGGAGCGAUGGGGGCACUCCUCCGUAGCGUGGGAUGGCAAGCUGAUCGUCUUCGGGGGCUGUUUCGGCGCGCAGCACUUCUCCACCGUGCUGGCGUUGGACCUCACCUCGCUCGCCUGGGCGCCCCUCUCCGCGCACGGCGACCUGCCGCCGCCCUGCGACUGCCACUCCGCGUCGCUGCUGUCUGGCGACCGCAUGCUCGUCUUCGGCGGCACCGACGGCCGCCGCCGCCUCGCCACCACGCACCUGCUGCACCUGCCGUCCAGACAGUGGCGCCGCGUGGGGGGCGGGGCGGCAGGGGAGAGGGAGAGGACGAGGGGGUGUGAGCAGGGUGAGAGUGUGAGUGAAGUGGGUGCGAUGGAGGAGGGAGUGGAAGGGAGUGAGGUGGAGGGAGGUGAGAGGGAGCGCCAGGGGGGUGGAGGCGAGAUGGAGAGUGGCGUGAGCUGCAUGGACGAGUUGGUGGUUCCAGGGCGGCAAGGGAGGAAGGGGGCAGAGGGGAGGCGGUGGCAGGUGGAGAGGCGCGGCAGUGACGGGUCGCACGUGUCGAGCAGCAGUGUGGCUCGGCACGGAGGCGAGGGCGAGGGGGGCGAGGGGCUGGUGUGGCCCACGAGGCACGGCAGUGGCGGCGAUACGGAAAUGCAUGGCAGCAGCAGCGUGGCUGCUGGCGGCCGUGCAGCAUGCUUCCGCGAGGGCCCCAUGCAGCCCGCCUCAUGGGAUGAGCACAGCGCACUUGCUGCCGCGCACCCCCCUGCCAGGGAGAGCCACACGGCGGUGGUCGUGUGGCUGCCACGGCGCAAGGGGGUGGGAGCUGAAGUGGGAGGGGGAGCGGUGGAGUGGCGGGAGACUGUGCUGGUGUUUGGUGGCAGUGGGGACGCGGAGGGCGGCGACGGUGCAGAUGGGAGUGCGGGGGAGGAAGGCAUGGAGGGGUGGAGGCGGGGGGAGGAGCGCAGAGACGGAGGAGGAGAGGGAGGCAGUGCGAGCGAGGGUGGCGGCAAGGGGCGGUACCUGAACGACCUGUGGGCGCUGGACGUGCCCUCCUUGACUUGGCGCUGCCUCCAUGCACCCCACUCGCUGCCGCCCGCCACCCAUGCGCCACAUGACCCGCCAGGGGACCCUCCCCCCUGUGCGCGCGACAGCCACAGCAUGGUGGCGAUGGGCGGGCGGGGCGAGCAGCAGGUGGCGGUGGUGUUCGGCGGCCACUGUGGCGCGCGCUACCUCUCCGACCUGCACCUGCUGCACGUCCCCGCCCUCUCCUGGCAACAUGUGCGUGCCGCUUGGGCAAUGGCUGUGGUGGGUGGGGUGUGCUGUGAGGGGGGGUGUGCUGUGAGGGGGUGUGCUGUGAGGGGGUGUGCUGUGAGGGGGUGUGCUGUGAGGGGGUGUGCUGGGGUGUGCUGUGAGGGGGGGUGUGCUGUGAGGGGGUGUGCUGUGAGGGGGUGUGCUGUGAGGGUUGCAUGUGGGGCGAAUGUGGGGUGGGAAGAAAGCAGGGAGGAGCGGUUGGGGAAGGUGGUGUGGGGAAGUAGGGAGUGUCACCAUUUGAAGCAAGGCACGCCUUGGUGCAUUGCCGUCUGCCGUCUCAUCUCGUCCCCUCGUUCUUCUCACCACAGGGUGCACCUUCCUCUUCAUUCACUCAACCUCCCUGCUGUAUUUUCCUCUCCUCACCCUCUACCCUUCCUUGCAUUCCCUGUCUUCCUCCCUCCUCACUUUCCACUGCUCUCCCCCUCCUCUUCACCCCUCCAGCCCGCCAGUCCUUCCCCUCUCAAUGCCCGUCCCCCAUCCUCAACGUCUCUGCCCGCGCCUGCUGCUGCGCGCACGGGGGGCGAGGAGGAGAAGGGCAGCCGAGCAGGGGCAGUGGAGCAAGGAGACAGAGCUGUGGGGGUGGAAGAGCAUGGGGGGGAGGCAAUGGGAAGGUGGCGGGAGGGACGGGAGGCGAUGGAGUGGAGGGCGGUGUGGGAGGGAGGAGGGGAGGAGGAGGCCGAGGUGGGCAGGCAGCGGACAGGUGAAGAGAGGAGCUUUCUUGAUGAGCUGGCGGGGAUUCUCAAGGACGGUGGGUGGUCUUGGUGGGGAGGGGUUGUUGGCUCAAGGGACACGUUGAAAGCAAUGUGCACUCGCAUGCGCCUGCUAUCACGUCUCACCAGGCUUUCCGUCUCCCAUCAAUGCACUCAUCCUUUUUCAUUCCACAUCUCCCUUACCCCCCCACCCCACCCAUCUUCUCCUGUUGCACUCCUCGCCUCCCGCCUUCAGAUGCGCCCUCCACGUCACAGCCAGGAGCCACCAUCCGCGCUGCCACCCUUCCGCAGUUGCUUCCUGCGGGGCGGUGGGGGGGGAGAGGCGGGCGGGGGUGGAGCCGUGGGGGCAGGCAGUAGUGUGGUGGGGCACGGGAUGGAAGAGGGUGGCAAUGUGCGUGGGAAGGGGGAAUGGGAGGAGGGAGACAGUGCUGGCAGAGACGGGGUUGGUGGUGGAGGGAGUGGUUCAGCGGACCGAGGCGCGGAAAGAGAAGAUGCAGAUACAGCAGGUGGGGCCACAGCAGGUGGCACGGCCCUGAGAGGUGGCAGCCGGCCCAAGCUGCCAGCGAAACGAGCAGGCAGUGGAGGUGUGGGGCGGCGCAGUGAGGUGCGCAGGCCAAGUGGGGAGGCAGGGAGGGGCACAGUGGAGCUGUCGGCAUUCGGCCAUGACAGUGUGGAUGGACGUCUGCCCGUCGCCCCUUCUCCUGCUCAUGACGGGCAUGCGUCGCCGCAAGCAUGGCAGCAGCACAGUGGCAUGGCAUGGCAGCAAGGGGGUAGCUUUGGUGCUGCAGAUGCCACCGGUGCCGCUGCAAGCAAUGGCGUGAGACUUGGUGGUUCAGUGAAGGACGGCCCUCUGCCUCUUGCAACCCCACCUGCCCUCCAAGUCACGCCCUCCUCUGCCCCGCAGCAGCCAUGCUUGCCCGAGGCCGCCCCUCCCAGGCAGCACCUCGGCCUGCCGUCCCCCAUGUUGGCACGCCCCAUCAUCGCUCUGCACGGCCGCCCCGGAGCAGGAGGUGUGGUGGCGAUGGAAGCAGGGGUGCAGGGCGGCGAGGGCUGCUCUCCCCGCGCCCACCUGCUGCAUCUCGGCAUCGGCCGCGUCCCUGGGGCAUCGCUGGCAGUGCGCGUGGACGGGGUGUUUGACGGCGGUGUCACACUCGCAGCGCAGGUGGGCGCCCGCACGCUCUCUGGCGUGCUGCUCGCGCCGCCUGCUCUUGAAAGCCGGGAGUGUCGUGUUGGGCAAGGGGCACAGCCGACUCACAUGCAGCAGCAAGUCAAUGCUGCGUCUGGUGUUGAGGCUGCUUGGGCCCAUCCCAAAUCUUCACUGCACCCUUCAGCGUCUCUCAUGCCUGUACCCAACCCAACUUGCAUGCUGCCGCCACGGGCCCUGCCGAGCAAUGUGGCUCGGUGCGGGCGCGAGAUUCAAGGGGACAGCGGAGAGCAGAGGAGGGCAGUGGGGAACACGAGUUUGCUUGCGGUACAUGCUGCGACGUAUCGAGCUGGCGGUGAUGGUGGUAGAGGAGGAGGAGGAGGAGGAGGAGGAGGAGGAGGAGGAGGAGGAGGAGGAGGAGGAGGAGGAGGAGGAGGAGGAGGAGGAGGAGGAGGAGGAGGAGGAGUGGGAAGAAAUGGGGAGGGCAUGCAGGAAGGGGAGUGGGAUGAGGAGGCAGUGCAAUGGCAGGCAGGCACGCAAGUGAGCAUGCAUGGUGAGGGGCAUGCGCACCUGCAUGGUGAGGAGGGAGGGGAUUCUGGAGGAAGGCCGAGUGGCAUCGGCAUGGAAGCAGGCGGUCAUGGUGGCAUGGGAAGUGGCACUCACGAGGCACGUGCGGAGGGCGCACUUGCCCUACACCUCUCACCCCGCCUCCAUGCCCCUUGCGACGCGCAUGCCAGUGAGGGCCUUGUUGACGCUCACAGCAUCCGUGGCACUGCCCACCACGCCGGCUCCCACGGCAUGUGCAGCAUGGAGCAGUGGAUGGCGGAGCUGCAGGCCGCACCGGGGCAUGGCGAGGGGCAUGGCGAGGGGCAUGCAGGAGAGAACCUCGCAGGAGGGCUGCAGCGUUCUCAGCAUGCUGCUGCUGGCAAUGGUGGAAGCUCACUGCACAGCCAGGCGGCACACCCACACUCUCACGGCCAACUGUCGCCGGGAUUGCAUGCCUGGGGCGAUUGCACAGGUGGCAGUGGCAGCGGCAGUGGCAGUGGCAGCGGCAGUGGCAGCGGCAGUGGCGAGUGGCAGCUGAUUGCGUCGCCUCCCUCCCCCCUGCACCUCAUCGGCCUGGACUCCUCCCUCCACUCCCCCUCGCUCCACCCCCUCUCACACGUCGCCUCUCACACGUCCCCCUUCACCCCCCCCUCACUGCAUCUGCCCCCCCUGUCCCUGCCACCACUCCUGCUGCCGCCCCUCCACGUGCCCACACUCCCCUCAUCCGACCACGUGGGGUCGUCCCCCGCGCCCCCCACACCCCACGGCAGCCGCCUCUCCCACUCCAGCGCUCCCACGCAGCACACAGGGGCAAGCAUGGGUGGGCCGCAGGCUCAACGGGAGGCUGGGGAAGGUGCAGGUGGUAUUGCAGUGAGCAAUGGAGAUGGGAGGGGGGUGCUUGGCGGUGCUCUCAAGGAUGGCGAGCCGGGGUUGAGUGGAGGUCACAGCCAUCAUGGAUUGAAUGGAGGUCACAGCCAUCAUCUCGAGCUGAUUAGGUUCUCUCCAUUGCAUUGGUGA